AUGGAUAUAAAUCUGAUUCCUAGACUUGAUCCUGAAUUUGACAGUAUAGAAGAAUCAUGGGAAUUUUGGAAAGCAUAUGGUAGGAGGACUGGUUUCGGUGUUCGAAAACAAAGUUUUAACAAGUGUAAAAAAGACAAGUCAUCAUAUUCUUCUUAUCUAUAUGUUUGUCGCAAAGAAGGGGUAAAAAAGCCAGACAAACGAGAUGCUCAAACAAGGAAGCCUAGAGAUGAGAUAAGAACAGGUUGCAAAGGAAGAAUGAAAGUGAAAAAUGUAAAUGGAAAAUUCAAAAUAAAUGAAGUUUUCCUAGACCAUAAUCAUCCUCUUCAGCCUCCUGAAGCUAUUCAUUUGUUUGCAUCUUAUCGAGGAUUAACAUCAGCUCAACGUUAUGAAUUAGAAAAUGCUAAAAAAGUUGGGAUUAGUCAAAAAUCAGCAUUCAAUUUGCAAAGUCAAUAUGCAGGAGGUCGAAAUAAUUUGGGAUUUACAAGAGUUGAUGUAAAGAAUUAUCUUAAUUCAAAAAGGCAACAAGCUAUGGGAUACGGUGAAGCUGGAUGUAUAUUUCGGUAUUUUGAGCAACAAUUAGCAGACAAUCCGUCUUUUUUUCAUGCUCACCAAAUGGACUCAAAUGAGCAAGUGACAAAUGUUUUUUGGGCUGAUGCACGCAUGUUGAUCGAUUAUGCUUGCUUUGGAGAAGUCAUUUCACUUGAUACAACUUACUGCACAAACUGUGAAUAUAGACCUCUUGCAAUUUUCUCUGGCUUCAACCAUUACAGAAAAGGGGCCAUUAACUUUUUCACUGACCAAGAUGCUGCUAUGUCACGAGCAUUACAAGAAGUGAUGCCAGAUGUAAAGCAUGCCUUGUGCACAUGGCAUAUUUCAAAUAAUGCAAUGAAGCACCUUCCAAAUUCAAUGGUGAGUGAUUUUAACAGUUGCAUGUAUCAUUGUUGGGAUGAAACUGAGUUUGAAGAAUCUUGGCAAGCAUUGUUGUCCAAACAAGAUAUGGUAGAAAACUCAUGGUUGAUGUCCAUAUAUCAGAUAAAAGAGAAAUGGGUAGCAUGCUAUAUGAAGAAUUCAAGGACACUUGGCAUGAGAAGCACACAAAUUAGCAAAAGUGUCAAUGCAUCUGUCAAAAGCUGCACCCAUGUAAAAUUGGAUAUCAAUGGAUUCUUUGAAAAAUUUGAACAAGUUUUGGAGGAAAAACGUUAUAAUGAAUUGCAGGCAGAUUUUGAGACACUUGACAGGUUGCCAAGGUUGAUAUUACAAAGUUCAAGUAUGCUUCAUCAACUUGCUGAGGUCUAUACUCGACCUAUUUUUGACUUGUUCCAAUACCAAUGUGAUCUACGUGAUGCUACAUGUAUAAAAGAGAGAAAAGAAAGAAAGAUCACCAUGAACGAUGAUAGUGCCACCAUGUUUGAUUAUGUGAUCACCAUGGAUAAUAGUAAAUGGGAGCAUAGUUUGACAUUUGAACCUUCCACAGAGACAAUCACCUGCAGUUGCAAAAAGUUUGAAUGA